CUAGAUCUAUAGAUAGUCUAUAUCUAGAUCUAUACAAAUAGACUAUAAUAAUAAUAGGCAUAGUCAUAUCUAGUUUACACCAAGAUCUAGAUCUAUUUAUGCAGUGCUUGCAUCGGGCAUGGCUUUAGGACUGAGUGAUUGUCUCCAGUCUUUACAUGCUCUGAUUGAUCAAAAUGACUUCUCAAGAAAUAGAGAGCAGAUUGAAAUUAUUGUUGAAGACAUAAAGCUGACAUGUUUACAAGAUUUACCCGAUAUAACUCAUGCCUGUUCCUUACUGUUUGACAAGGAGACUGGAAUUAUUAGUUUUUUGAAAAAAACACUCACGGUAGAGGAGCUUCAAAAUGGAAAGACGAGUGCUUUGCUUCUGCUCUCAGAUGUGCUGCAGAAAUUUGGCAGCAAAGUUGUUCCUUAUGCUGUUGACAUCAAAGACACAUGUGUAUCACUGUACAGUAGAGAUCGACAUGCAAAAGUAAAAAAAGCAGCUAUACCUGUCAUUAUAAAGAUUUUGGAACAGACUGCUAGUACACCAACUGCCGAAGAACUGGUCAUUGAUGAUUUGAUUACAAAGUUUUUUAAUGAGUUGGCUAAGCCUGUAUCAAAGCUGCAACCCACAGUGAGAGCUGGCAUAUAUCAUCUGCUUGGUGUCUUGGCAGAAUUGCACCCUGACAUGAUAGCAGACUAUUCAGAAAGACUAGCUGGUGUAUAUGUCAGUGCUUUAAAAGUAGAGUUGAUGUCUAAAACUAAAGAACCAGAGAUGUCCAUUGUGGCUGGAUGCCUUGAAGGACUUUCUUGUUUCAUGUUAAACUUCACCCAAUCUGCCGAAGAAGGUUCAAAGCAUGCCUAUGAGAUUUUCAAAUAUCUUAGAAUGGUUAUUAAUGCAGAUAUUGAUUACUCAAGAUACGAAGCCAUUAAAGCUGCUCUUAAACUCUUGGUUAGACAUGCUGGACAAAUGAGGCAAUUUAUGAUUGAUGAGUACAAGUGGAUGUAUGAACAGCUACAAAAAUGGAGCCAUCACCGUAACAAGGAAGUCGUACAUUUAGGAGUUGCAGCCAUGGAAGCAUUCACUAAAGAGGUGUCAGAAGCAUUAGUAGACAGAGCCAAACAAGGUCACAAAGAGGGUGCCAUAUUUAAGUUCUUUCUGUUGAACUUUAACAAGAUUAUGAAGAACCCUAACUCUUCUUCAAAGGAGGUUUCAAUGGCUAUUAAAGGAUAUGGGUUAUUGGCAGCUCCUUGUAGAAUCUUCUUAUCAGAAGUUGAUACUCAGUUCAUGUUCAAUGAGAUGGUUAGUCAGUGUGAACAUCAGUUUCUAGGAAAAUUGGAAGAGAUUGAGGACAAACUUAUGUCUUUACCAAGUUAUUUGAUAUCUCUUGCUAACAUCAUAUCACAGAUAGACUCGGUAUCUCUACCCAAUAGUCUUGUGCUGGAGAAAUUGAUGGUGCUUUUGAUGGAACACAUUCCUAAAGUAAACCAGAGUCAGCAGUUUUAUUGUGUCAAGUCCAUUUUGAUUUUGCUUCUUUGCCUCAAGAGGAAACCAACAGUUUUUCAACAAAUUCUGACCUCUGUGGUGUACCAGAGUCUAAUCAGAACAUGCUCACACCCUGUUGUUGCUGAGACAAGCCAAACGGAUGAAAACUUGGACGAGUACGGGAUAAAGAAAAUCUCUUACAAAGAUUACAUCUCUCUGUGGGCCACUCUGCUAGGUAGCUGUCAAAUGAAAGUCACAACUCAGGACUUAUCAGCUGAGGAUUUUACACUGGCUGAAAGAGAUGAACUGACUCAUUCAAUUUAUAAUGAGAUAAUGACAGCCAUUCUUAAGAUCUUGAAUAAACUUGACUUGGAGGCAACAACGUCUGAAGACUCUGAUAAAGCUGAUGCUCAAUCUGAAGUUAGUGGAGACAAGGAGACUCUCUCUGCUGAUCCCAUUUUUGGUCUAGUGGCCAAAAGACCAAAAGAUCAACUUAUUCUUAUUAAUAUAGUAGACUUUAGUAGAGACCUACUUGUCCACCAUCAAAGGCAUCGCUUUAAGAAUUGGGUUUACACUUUCACUUAUUCUGCGAUAGUAUUGUCAACCAAACAUCCUCUGGUUAGUGGUUUCUAUAAACUACUUUGUACUGUUAUGACUGUUGUCUGUAAGCUGAAAUACUUCAAGGAUGUUGUUACAAAAACAAGUCAAAGUUCAAGGCUAUCUGACUCAAUGGAUGUGGAUGAACCAGAAACGCAGGAGAACCAAUUUGAAAAAGUUCAGACUUAUCAGCUCAUCAAAAAGUUCACUAAAGAGGUUCUAGUUAGAAUGAAGCAGUACAGAGAUGAGCUGUUGGCUGCCUGUCUCUCUUUGACUCUCGCACUUCCUGAAGAGAUCAUACAAGAUCAGAUGGCAAAUAUUGUGCCUGCUAUUCAGACAACAUUCAUCAUGGGACUGAGUUAUCUGCCUUUGGCUAACAUUGGAUUAGAUGCACUUCAGUAUUGGUCUGACAACUUGCCUGCUUCAUUGAUUGAACCUUAUUAUGCAGAGAUAUUGCCUUAUUUGGAUGCUUACCUCAGGACAGAUGAUAAAGGAUCUGACAUGACUGUUGAGCCAGCUGUGUUAGUUCCUUCUAAGAAAGCUGAAGUAAAGUCUAAAGUCUCUGUCAGGCUCAUUAAAGGAAAACCUGCUGCUGAUCAGAACUCUGAAACUCAAUUGACCAGUUUAAAACUUCGAAUAUUGCAAUACCUUGGGUCACUGGGUGGCCAACACAUCAGCCAUGCCUUACUGGCCAAGUCAGAUGAAGAGAUAAGUUCUGCAGCCAUUGCUUGGGAUACCCAGAAGCACUUGAAGUUUGAUGUGCCCUUCAUUGACAUGAAGCCAUCUAUUUAUCUAGAUCCAUUUCUUCCCCAAGUGGUCAAACUAGCCAAACAGUCCAGUGACAGGCAAACUAAAGUCGCUGCUUGUGAGCUUCUGCAUUCUCUGGUGCUGUAUGCCCUGGGCAGAGGUGCCCAGAUGCCUGGGGAGACCCAGAAAAAGUAUCCCAUGGAGCAGUUGUACCGUAAACUUUUCCCUUCUCUGCUCCAGCUAGCCUGUGAUGUUGAACUGGUCUGUAAAGAGCUGUUUGAGCCUUUGAUGCUGCAACUGAUUCAUUGGUUCACAAAUAACAAGAUGGCAGAAAGCCCAGAGACUAUGGCUCUCUUAGACUGUAUAUUUGAUGGUCUUAUUCAGUCCAAUGAUAUGGCCUUAAGAGAUUUUUGUGCAAAAUGUCUUCGAGAGUUUCUCAAGUGGUCAUUGAAACAAAUUUCUAAAAAGUCAGCUGAGAAAAAUCCUAUCAAUGUGAAGUCAGUCUUGAAAAGGAUUUACAGUUUCUCAGCACAUCCAAAUGCUAGCAAAAGGCUUGGAGCUGCCUUGGCAUUCAACAAUAUUUACAUGGUUUUAAGGGAAGAAGAUGCUCUGGUGGACAGGUUCACAUUUGAAAUCCUCGUUCAUUUUGUUGACAGUUUGAGUUUGGCCCACUAUGAUGAAAAGUCUUUGGGCACACAAGAACAGUGUGUGAAAGCUCUGGAACAUUUGGAAAGAAUUAUGAAGACCAAAGUUGACAUUUUGAAGAAAGAUCCAGGACCAAAAAUCAGACCAGAACCAAGUUCAUGGAACAGCAGAAAGCUGGAGUUUGCUGUUAGAUGGUUAACCAGACAAUGUGGCAAUCCUCAAACUGAAUGCAGACAUUCUUGUAUGAAACUUGUGUACAAUCUUUGUGUUCUUUUACCAGGAAUCAAAACACCAAGUGCAUUUUUUGCAAUACUCCACAAAUCUGAAGGACCUAUUUACUUUUUAAGAAGAUUUGAAGGUGGAGGUCAAGGUUACAGUGAGUCACAUGGUAUCCUAGCUCAUCCUACUAUGAUUGAAUAUAGAAAAACAUUUUCUCUGGAAGUAGCUAGAGAAUGGUUUGAUCUAUUAUUGGCUGCGCUGGACUGCUACUGUUGGCUGUUUGGACAGGAACUCAUGAUCCCCUCUCAGAUCUUUAAAGGAAAGGAAUCUGAACGAAGUUGUAUCUUUGUGAGCCUUGAGUUCUUUUUGAAGAGAUUGGCUUUUAAUGACAUUGCUGCGGCAUCUCGUCUUUUCUCCCACAGAGAUAAUUUCACAUUUACACCCCGAGAAAUAGAAGAAUACAACAGGAUGAAGUGUACUGUUAUUAUAAGAUUCUGGAAUUUCAUGUCCAUAUUAAUAGCAAAGUUUUCUAAGGAAUUAAAAGAGAUUGUGCCUUCAAGCUUAUGGUGUUAUCAGUUGUGGCGGCUACUAUGUUACUGUGUAAUCAAACCCUCCACUCUAGGUUUCAACAUGUCUGAUACAGAAAUUAUGCUCAAUUUACCAAAAGAGAUGAAAAGUUGUCUUCAGACUCUGAGCAAAUUUCUACCCAGUGAUAUUUUGAUUCAGUUUAAGAAUGCUCUAAAACAGGAACUUUCAGGAGAAUGUGACUUGGUCACUAUGUUACCCAUUAAUCUGAUGAGUCCAGCAACAAAUUACACUCACUUGUCUUUGAUGCUGGAGGGCUACAGACAAUUGCACACUGCUGGACUUCUGAUUGACCACUUGCCCAAAUUGGACAUUUCAGAUAAACAAUGUUUGGCUGUCCAACUGUUAAAUAAUGUAUUUCAGGGCAUUGUUGAUCAUCAAGAUGGUGAGUUGUCCUUAGUAACACUAACACCUUCGGCAUUGAGUUUAGCCAAGACUUUACUGAUACUGUCCUUAGAGCUUCAUGUACCAAUAUCAGAUCUGGUUGAGAAACUGCUGGACAAAACCCAAGUUCAAGGUCUCUCUGGUGGUGUCAAGGUCAACCAUGGUGAUCACUUCUUAACUUUAAUGAGCUCUACUAUUGCUGGGUCAGUCGUUGGGAAAGUUCCAGAAAUUUUAGAGAUGUUUGUCAAGAAGACAUCAAUGCUUGAUACGACAUGUGUUGGGGCUUUUUUGGUGGCUGUUUUGGAUCAUGUGGCUAAGGAUAGGAUGCUGCGUAAAAAUGUUGGUGUAAAACUUUGUCAAGCUAUUCUGGGUUUUUUAAAUCAGCAAAAAUCCUGUUUGGAAGGAGAAUCAUCGGCAGACAAUCAGAGACUGCUACUUCUCAUCUUGACAAAGUUAUUUCUUAUAGAUGGCCAGAUAGCCAAAGAUUCUUCCAGUGAAACAUUUCAAUCACUCUCUGAUAUGUACCAAUGUAUUUUGAAAGACCCAAAAACCAACAUGGCAAUAAAGAAUGAAGCUUUGGUAUUACUUCCCUUUUUUGUUACUGCAAAAAGUCAACAGGAUAAAUAUCUGAAGGAAACUCUGGAUAGGUUCAUUGUUGAUAACUUUCCUCUAACUAGCACAGAAUUUGAACCAGGAACCUCCAAGUAUAAAGACUACAUUACAGCCAUUGAUAGAAUUUUGGUUGCUAUGGAGAUGACAGGCAGCUUGAUGGUGUUAAACAUUGUAAUCAGUGUGUAUUGUAGGGAGACAGAGCACAUUCAUAGUGAAGCCAUUCAGCUGGGAAUCAACAGAUUUGUUCAAAGGCUGCCAUUAGACCAGCAGCUUCUAGCAAUGGAUGUACCUUUCUCUGUGUUUGUCAAUGACAACUCAUACCUACCACACGUUCGUAGGGCGGCUGUUGAAAAUGUGUGCCUUCCCAUCCUUCGAGUUGUAUCCACUUCUGCAUUGGUUCAGUUCUUCAGCAGUCAUAUUCAAGAAAUCAUCAGAUAUCUUGAUCAAACUCUGAACAAAAAUGUUGAGUCUGCACUCGAGAAUCAACUGAGUACAAAGAUUGGCUGCUUUCAACUGCUUGAAAUCAUGUAUGCUAGGCUGAGUAAAGAGGAAGUCAAUUCCCAGACCUCAGUCAUCAACCAAAAGUUAUGUGAAGGAAAAGUUGACACAGGCAAAGAGAUGACACAAAAGAUUACAAAAUGCGCUCAUGAAGCCAGAAGUGAAGAUGUGAGAGGAGAGACUCUACUUCCUGAUCUGCGGCGCCAGUAUCAUUGCUUUGCAUACAACCUCUUGAUUGCCAUUAUUUCUUGUGUUCAGACUGAUCUCAAGUUUUACAAAGGCUUUUUAUUCCAAGACAAUAUUUCUAAGGGACAGUUUCUUCUAGAAAAUCUUGUGGACACAAACAAGAAGUAUGAAUUUACUGUGGAAGUAAAGUCUCCAGUGCAGAGACAUAAAAAGUUUGUGUCAAUCCGCAACAUUGCCCAUGAGAUGAGAGCUGAAUCCAAUGGCCAAGAUGAGUCUGCCUCACCUUCCCUUCACCUGGCCUCACAGUAUCUGGCAGACAGUAGUUUGAAUGAUGACCUGAAUCAGUUUGACUUCAACAUGUCCAGCAACUGGCAGAGUGAGCUAUAUGAUCCUAUAACGACCAGUGACAGGAGCACUAAGGGAGGCCAUUCAGCCUCUCAGGAAAAUAAAGUAACUACUGAAGAACCUUCAUCUCAAGACUAUAUUGAGUUGGAGAUGGAUGCUCUCAACAGGCAUGAAUCAAUGGCAUCACUGAUUGCAGUAAUUAAACAUAUGUCUAUUGCAAAAAUAACCCCAGAAGUCUCACCAGGAAACCUACCAACAGAAAUGCCAUCUUGGAUGUCCUAUUUGCAUGAAAAAAUGUCUGCUGCAUUCAGUGCUGUCAAUGUCAGGCUCUUUAUAUGUAAACUUGUAAUGAACUGUAGCCAGAUUUUUCAGCCUUAUGCUAAGUUCUGGUUAAAGCCAUUUGGUCAACUUCUUCUGGAGAAGACUGUGUGUGGUGAAGGCUUGACAUACUUUGCUGUUGACAUAAUCAUCACCAUGAUAACUUGGCACAAGUCUGCCAUCCCUGCAGACACAACAGAUGAGCGUGCUUUGGCCUCUCGGAUAGUUCGCUUGGUCUCAGACAACAUAUAUCAUCCUGUACGUCAGAUAUAUCGCAACAAUCUUACGCUGCUUAAAUCUCUUUUAGAAGUCUGGCAUGACAGAGUGGACAUACCAUAUGACACUAUCUACAACUUGUUGAAGAAUACAGACCCAAAGUCAAUGAAAUCCACAACUGGGAUUCAGAUUCUAGGUGUUGUGCUGGCUGGGAAGUUUCCUCCAUAUGGUCCUGUGGCACCAGUUGAUAGAGAUAGAUAUCUCAGCUCUUUAUGUGUAUUGAUGAGCAACUGUUAUAAAGCUGUGCAUGCGGCAGCUGCAGAAGUGAUUGGCCUGGCCAUGAAAUGGCUGGAGAAGAACUGUAAGGAGACAGAAGGACCAUUUCAUGACAGUGCCAUAGCCCAGCUGACCAGUUUGUCCAAUAACAACCUGGGUAUAUUCAUCACAUGUCUGCACUGCAUUCAUCUAAGUUAUCCACCUCUGUGUUUCAAAUUUCAAAGUAAAUUGCUCUACGUUCUACCUAAACUACACGGUCACUUCAAAGUCCAGUGUCUGGAGCUUCUAUUAGGACAAGUGGAUGAGAUGGAAAAUGUGUACCUUCAGUUGAAAGGCUUGUCUGAAUAUUUAAUACACAGAAGUGAAGAUGUACAGCUUGUUGCUUUGAAAAUUGUCCAUGCAGUGAUGACAAGACUUAAAGGCUCAGAGUUGCUCUCUUUUCUGAAAGUUGGCACCACUUUCUCAGGCCAUCCUAACCCAGCCUGCAGGAAAAUCAUGCUGGAAAUUUUUAUGUGGUCUUAUGAUAAUUACAAAGAUAUGGAGGAUGAAGAUAGUGCAACCAUCAUUAGCCUUACCAAAGAAGCUCUACUCAGAGGCCUUUGUGAUGAGGACUUUGCUUGCAGACUAGUUUGCCUGAAUUUCUGGAGCAGUAAUACCAGAUUGCCAGAAGGGACGUUAGAGAGGACCAUCUCCAUGCUGGAAGCAAUGUAUUCACCCAACACAGAGCCCCAUUACCUGGCAUAUGCCACCAACCUUCUGCUAGAGGCUACAUCUAAAUCUCCAGACUACCAAAGGGAAAUCUUUGAACAUGCUCUCAGUGAAUGCACUUUUCAGGACUACUCAGUGCAUUCCUCCUGGAGGCAACGCCAUGCUGUUAUGACUCCACUUUUUGCCAGCACUUUUGCCACCCAGUCCAUGGAAACGGGACAAGACAGUUUAGAUGGUGGGCUGCGAGCCACACAGGAUGUGCCCCAGUUUACUCCCACCAUGGAUAUGACUGGCACAGCAAGGGCAUUCAACUGGUUGACUCAGAGCAGUCUUGAUACAUAUGCUGACCCUGGCUCUAGUGUGGGGGCUAGUUCUCAACUUUUGUUUAAUGUGGGCUCUUCUUCACAGCAUAGAAACCUAUUAAUCCCAGGACAGAAAGGGGAGGCUACUGCUAAAAAGACAUUUGCAUGGAAAAAGAUUACAUUGAAUAACAUCAAACCAGCAGCAAAUAAAGAUGAAACUGAUGGAUCUGUUCAGUCUCAUGAGGAUAUUUGGCGCCUGAGGCGAAGGUUUGUCAAAGACCAACAAGCACAGUCUCUGUUUUAUAUCCGACGAAAUGUAAAGAUAAAUACAUUAAGAGAGGAAAUAUUAAAAGAACAGAAAGCUCGCAGAGAAAAUCAAGUGACUCUCUACAGAAAGUAUCGUAUUGGUGAUUUGCCAGAUAUUCAGAUCAAGUAUCAGUAUAUCAUUGCUCCUCUUCAAGCUUUGGCUCAUCGUGACAGCACAGUGGCCAGGCUUUUGUUUAGUUCUUUAUUUCAAGCCAUUUUCUGUGAAAUGGACAAGUUGAAGACAGAAACAGAGAUAGAGCAACUGAUUCAACAAAUCAAUGAUAGCAUCAGUCACAUACUGAGACAAUCUCUCUACUUCUUUCCACCCUUUCUUGGAUCAAUUCUGACUAUUCUGUAUGAGCUCCGCUCCAGCCUAAAAGUAUCUGCCAGUGAUGUAGGAACAAGUUCCAUAACCAGUAAUCAACAAAGUUUAGGUAUAAUGGUUCUAGAAGAAAACUUAAUUAAAUCAGACUCCACUGAAGUGGCUAACAGAAGCAAGAAGUCACGUCAGACUAGAAGUUUACCUUCACCAGAACUGGCUGAAUGGAUACAGCUAUCCAGAUUGUACAAGUCAGCCAAUGAGUUUGACAUUGUCCAAGGAAUCUUUAGUGACCAGCUGGGUACCAAGGAUCAAACUAGGAAAGCCAUUGAGGCUGAGGCUAGGGGAGACUUCAAAACUGCUAACUUGAUUUAUUCUCAGAUUAUAGCUCAACAAGAUUGGAAGGAUGGUGAUCCACUGGAGGCAGAGGUUGACUUCUGGGAUAUCAGUAGGAUGGAGUGCCUUGAUCAUCUGUCACAGUGGAAAGACCUUGAGACAAUAUCUGUCAAAGGCGUGGACAGCUCAGAUCAGCCAAACUUAGAUCGUGUCUGGGAUGAUGGUUUCUAUCAGGAGCAGUACUUGCCUUAUGUUAUACGCAGCAAAUUGAAGCUCUUGUUGUCUGGGGAUGCAAACCAGCAGUCUUUAUUGACUUUUGUGGACAACUGCAUGACAGACUUACAGAAAAAACAACAUUUAGAGAAUCGUUAUUGUAGUGAGUUAGCAUUGAUGUCACUCUGGCAGCAGAGCUAUGACAGGUCCCGACACUACUGCAAUAUGGCCUUCAGGGGAUUUUUACAGGAUUGGUGCAAUACAGCAACUCUGAUGGUCUCUAGCUGCAGGAAAAACUUGCAACAGUUACAGAGUUUAGUGGAACUGAAAGAAUUUCUGGACUCUGUGGGUCCUGACCGUAACUGCAGGAAAAACUUGCAACAGUUACAGAGUUUAGUGGAACUGAAAGAAUUUCUGGACUCUGUGGGUCCUGACCGUAACUGCAGGAAAAACUUGCAACAGUUACAGAGUUUAGUGGAACUGAAAGAAUUUCUGGACUCUGUGGGUCCUGACCGUAACUGCAGGAAAAACUUGCAACAGUUACAGAGUUUAGUGGAACUGAAAGAAUUUCUGGACUCUGUGGGUCCUGACCGUAACUGCAGGAAAAACUUGCAACAGUUACAGAGUUUAGUGGAACUGAAAGAAUUUCUGGACUCUGUGGGUCCUGACCGUAACUGCAGGAAAAACUUGCAACAGUUACAGAGUUUAGUGGAACUGAAAGAAUUUCUGGACUCUGUGGGUCCUGACCGUAACUGCAGGAAAAACUUGCAACAGUUACAGAGUUUAGUGGAACUGAAAGAAUUUCUGGACUCUGUGGGUCCUGACCGUAACUGCAGGAAAAACUUGCAACAGUUACAGAGUUUAGUGGAACUGAAAGAAUUUCUGGACUCUGUGGGUCCUGACCGUAACUGCAGGAAAAACUUGCAACAGUUACAGAGUUUAGUGGAACUGAAAGAAUUUCUGGACUCUGUGGGUCCUGACCGUAACUGCAGGAAAAACUUGCAACAGUUACAGAGUUUAGUGGAACUGAAAGAAUUUCUGGACUCUGUGGGUCCUGACCGUAACUGCAGGAAAAACUUGCAACAGUUACAGAGUUUAGUGGAACUGAAAGAAUUUCUGGACUCUGUGGGUCCUGACCGUAACUGCAGGAAAAACUUGCAACAGUUACAGAGUUUAGUGGAACUGAAAGAAUUUCUGGACUCUGUGGGUCCUGACCGUAACUGCAGGAAAAACUUGCAACAGUUACAGAGUUUAGUGGAACUGAAAGAAUUUCUGGACUCUGUGGGUCCUGACCGUAACUGCAGGAAAAACUUGCAACAGUUACAGAGUUUAGUGGAACUGAAAGAAUUUCUGGACUCUGUGGGUCCUGACCGUAACUGCAGGAAAAACUUGCAACAGUUACAGAGUUUAGUGGAACUGAAAGAAUUUCUGGACUCUGUGGGUCCUGACCUAGAAAGACAAAGCUAUUUGGUCUCUAGCUGCAGGAAAAACUUGCAACAGUUACAGAGUUUAGUGGAACUGAAAGAAUUUCUGGACUCUGUGGGUCCUGACCAUAAAGUGUUGCCUUCAGCAAGCACUCUGUUAAUCAAUGCCUGGAAGGGAAGACUACCACACAAACUCCUUGACCCAGUGCCUGUGUGGGAUGAUGUUACCCAUAAUAGAGUUGCUUACAUCAAUCUUAUUUUGGAUCAGUUAUCUGGAGAUAGUAGUGAUCCUGACACGAAUAUAAAUCAUACUAUAACUGAGUUGCACAAGGCCAAGGCUUCCCUGCGUUUGGCUAUGGCAGACUGCUGUCAGACCCAAAACAAUUAUACCCUCUCUCUACGCCUGCUGAGAGACACACAGACUGUUUGUAAAAAUUCAGAUCAAGAACUGUUUCUCAAAUGGUCUCAUUUGUACACAGCGGCUCACCAAUCCAGUGCCAAGAGCAAAGGUCAUCCAUGGACAGAUGAUAUUUUUUCCAAGAUUGCAACAACACUGGAACUUUUAAAAAAGCUUGAAGAAUAUGCAAUACUUCUAGAGAGAUCAGACUUGAGGUUAGAACACCAAAUCCUAACUGGCGAGGGUUAUGGCUUGCUAGCUCAGGGAGUUUUAGAAUUCAACAAUUCGCCAGAUUUACAGCAAGGCACUCUAAAAAAAUGUUAUUCACUUGCCACCCCUGAGGGCAUGGAAGUUUCUAAAGACAAAAUGUUUUGUCAGCUGGUUGAUAAGGGAUACAACUAUUUGAAAGCAGCAGUUUGUCAGGAUAUGGAUGAACAGCUUAAUGAGAAAAAAAGACAAGCCAUAACUAUGGAAGAAGCCAACCUGAGACUUGCUAAAUUUUGUGAUAAAUAUUUAAUACUUGGGAAUGAAAUGAAGAGAUUUCCAAAGGAGUGUGACCGAACACUUUUCCCUGAGACUAUAGUGCUGUGUUUGCUUAAUGCUAUGAAAGGUGGUAGUGAAGAAGCCAGGGAACGAUUCCCUCGACUGCUUCAGCUGUCUGAACUGUUUCCUGAUGUUUGGGAUGUGUUUAUAAAAAAGGCUGCAGAAGUCCCAUCUUGGAUGUUUUUGAUGUGGACAAGUCAGAUGACUGCUUUGAUGGACAAAGAUGAGUCUGUGGUUGUUUCCCCUCUAUUAGAACGAAUUGCACAGGAUUAUCCACAGGCUUUAAUUUAUCCGCUACACAUGAGCUCUGAAGGUUUUGACUUCACCCCAAAAAGUGAGUCUAAAAUAGAGAAAUAUCAAUUGAAUAAAAGGAAGGAAACUCUUGACAGACUAAAUGGCAAAAUCCACAAUGUGUUGGUGUAUAAAUUUAUUAGUGCUCUGGAACAGUUUGGUCAGCCAGAUAUCAUUUUUAAGGACUGGUGUUCAGAUAUGAAGAGACUGUUAGGUAAUGAUAAAUCUUCUAAAGAUCAAGUCAGGAGGAAGUGUCAAGAGAUCUAUGACCAAUUGCUUAAUGUAAAAGGUGACACCACAGCUUCCUCCACCCAGAUCAACUACAGUGCCACCGCUGCCUCUGUUGGUAUGGGAGAGUUUAGAAAAGGUUUCUCUGAUAAUUUCAAGGCAGAGUUUGAAAAGGUCUUUGGUAAAGAUGGAUGCAAAUUGAUUUCAAUGAAUGCAAAGGACUUUCAGGGAGCAGAAGCAUGCCUGAGAAAUUUGAUUGAUGGGAAAAGGGGGCUGUUUAAUCCUCCUACCAAACUAAAGGCUUACUCCCCUUGGCUGGCAGAGUUCAAUCCUAAUAAAUUUGGCAAAGAUUUAGAAAUUCCUGGUCAGUACACAGGACAGCAGAAGCCUACUCCAGAGUAUCAUGUAAAGAUAGCAGGUUUUGAUGAGAGGGUUCUAGUGAUGUCAUCACUAAGGAAGCCCAAAAGGAUAUUGAUACGAGGCAAUGAUGAGCAGGACUAUCCAUACCUGGUGAAGAGUGGAGAGGACCUCAGGCUCGACCAGCGCAUCGAGAUGCUGUUCUUCAUGAUGAACAAGGUGAUGAACUCUGACUGGGCCUGUAAACAGAGGAAGCUGCAGCUGAAGACUUACCAGGUCGUCUCCAUGACACCAAGAGUUGGUCUCAUUGAGUGGAUGAGAGACACUUGCCCACUGAAGAACUUUUUAUAUAAUGCUCUCACAGAAGAUGAGAGAAAAUUUCUGGAUAGUGAGAGGGGUCCAAGCAAGGUAUACAACCAAUGGAUAUGUAAGCUGGUCAACAAAGCCCAAUAUGGUCAUUGGCAGAAGAUAUUCGAUGAAGUCUACAUCAAGUAUAACUAUACAGAGACCAUUAAACAGUUUAGACUUUUAGAAGGGACAGUACCAUGGGAUUUGUCAAGACGAGCUCUCCACUCAAUGAGUUCAUCCCCUGAGGCCUUUCAUGUUCUCAAGUCAGCCAUGAUCAAAUCUCAUGCUGUUAUCUGCAUAUGCCAGUAUCUUCUUGGCAUUGGGGACCGGCACUUGUCUAAUUUCAUGGUUGACCUCAAGACUGGACAGCUGAUUGGGAUCGAUUUUGGUCAUGCAUUUGGCAGUGCUACUGAGUUUCUUCCUGUUCCUGAGCUAAUGCCGUUUCGACUUACCCGACAACUAAUCAACCUCUCCUUGCCACUGAAGGUCAAAGGUCAGAUGGAAAGUACAAUGAGACAUGUUCUAAGGGCACUUAGAGCUGACUCAGACUUGUUGCUCAGAACUAUGGAUGUUUUUGUGAAAGAACCUCAUUUGGAUUGGCUGAAUUUUGCAGAACGCCAAAAAGAUGAAAGUGCUGAUGCCGAGUGUGAAAAUGCUUGGUACCCUGAAAAGAAAAUUAUCAUAGCCAGGCGUAAAUUGAAAGGAGAUCAUCCCAGUUAUAUUAUGAUGCAAGAACUUGAGUCAGUAAAAGCUAAAAGGGAGAAAGUCUAUACAUAUAUAUGUGGAGUUCUAAAAGGGCAAAAGGAUGAAAAUGUGAGAUUUUCAUUUCAAGCACAUGACCUGACAGUUGAAGAACAGGUGGCAGCACUCAUUGACCAGGCUACUGACCCAAACAUCCUUGGACGGACUUGGACUGGCUGGGAGCCUUGGUUUUAAACAAAGAUAACACAGCGGAGUCCCCAUAGUCUGAAAUGAUUGGGACCUGACCCUUUUUGGAUUAGUGAAUAUUUCAGAUUCAGCAAAAUUAUUGCUAAAGUAAAUAUAGUUAUGAAUGUGUCAUUACAUAAACUGGUACAGGAUAUAGCGAUAGACAGUUUAUUUUAUUCUUUCUCUCUAAAACCAAUUCUGUGUAUGAAGUGUGUCACAAGAGAGCCAAAUAUUUCUUAUACAGUAGUCAGAGUAGAAUUCUAUAUUACUGCAUCAGAUUUUAAAAUACAUGUACCAGUACCAAACUAUUGCAAGCAUGCAAUUUACUGCACAUCAAUGAAUAAUAUUAAGAUACCUUUCCUGGAACUAUUUUCUUUGAAUUUCCAAGCAUUUACAUUUAUAAUUUAUUAAAAUACUAUUCUAGUUGACUGACUUACAGUUUACAUGAUGUACAGAACUAAAAAGCUAUGUACAGUGUGUCAUAAAAUGCUACAAAUAUGGUAUAGUACAGAAUAAGUAUGAUCAUUUAUGUACUGUAAUUUUUAUUCACUUGUUCAUAUUUCUCUUAGUUUUUUUUAAUUUCUAAAAAUAUCCUAAUUUUGGUUUUGGAUUAAAGGAACUUUCUUAUUACCAAAGUUUGGAUUAUGGGGACUUCACUGUACUGUGUCCACAACUGUGACAUAAAUGACAUGUCAAUUAUUAACAAAAAUCAUACUGUCAUUAUAUAAUGUCAGUAUUUGUGAACAUUCCAUUCUGUUAAUGUUUGGUUGAUUGUAUGCUUAGUGAAUUACUUCAUAUGACAUUCAUGUUUUUAAUUGUUAGAAAUGUAUUACGUUAUAUGAGUUUCAAAAUAUGUUAUUGGCACUAAAUUUAAACAGUGUAAUUAUGUGUUACUAGGCCUUGUAUAAUUCAUGGUGUUAUUGUGAAUUCAAACAAAGUUCAACUUAUUAAAAUACUUUAAUGUAAUAACAUCUCCAGCAUCUCUACUGCAGUUGGAGUGAGCUGCAUGCAUUUUGUUGACAUAAUUUCAAUUACCUUAAAAAUUUGAUCUAAGUAAAUGAAACAUUUUUUGUAUAUUAGACUAUAAUAAGAUUAUUAUAAUUCACAAAUGGUGUAGUGCCUGUCGAAACCUUGAUAAUAAGCAAAUUGAAUUCUGAUUUUUUUCUCCGGAUAAAUUAGAUAUUUAUGGCCAAAUGAACCCUUUCUAUUGGUUUAAACUGUUCACUGUUUUAAUUGAAAUCCCAUUUUCUUAUCUCAAAAUAAACUUUUUUUUUUUUUUUUUUUACCAUAUUUCUGUUUCAUUUGAUGAAAAAAAUGGUAAUGCAAUAUUUAUUUCAGCUUUCUCAACCUAUCCCAAAUGUUACUUGAACAAAUGUCAUCUUAGUAGCAUUACUUCCUUUCUUCCCUUCAGGGUAAUUUAUAAAACAAUUGUAUUAACAUGAUGAAAAAAUCUCUUGAGAAGUACUCUUCCAAUGGUUUUCUUCUAUGUUCUUCAGGUUGAAAAUUAAACAUUUGGUAUCCAUGCUUGGUAGUAAGGAAACAAUUUGUAAAAUACAUGUUCUGUUUAGUCUGAUAAGGACCAAUUUUUGACAGUAUACUGCAUACCCAAUUGGGUCUCAUAUAUUUUUAAUUCGCUGAUCACUAAGUUUAUUUGUAGAUCUUGUCUAGGCUUGACAUUUUUAAUUUGAUGUGUUCACUAUGUAUUUGUUAUUAGCCCAGUCAACAUUUUU